AUGCCGAUUCGAGAUAUGCUCAGGAAGAAGGCGAAAGUCGAGAAUCACGAUGUGCCGGCUCCAGUUGCUGAUUCAGACGCACUUCCACACUUCACGUUUAUGCGCUCAGACACCUACACCCAAGAAGUGAUCAACCCGCCGAACUUUCCCUCGGAAGACUCGUUUGGACCGUCCUCCUUUACAGACGGACAGUCCGAAUCCAGAACCAGCCGCCUCUUCGGAGGCCGCUCUCGGAGUGCCUCGAACAGCUCGCAGAAUUCAGCCAUAUCCUCCAAAUCCAAGAGCGCGAAUCCGUCGCGGCUAUCGCAGCGCCUGCAUUUCAAGAAGAGCGAGCAGAAAUCUGACAGCGUACCUGCUGAUCUGCCAGAGAUCUAUGUGCCACCCGGAGACGAGCAAGAUGGGGGGGAAGUGCGCGAAUCGCAGUGGGAGAAGAGGGCGACGAUCCUGGCUCAGAAGAACGAGAUGUCGAGAAGCAGGCCUACCACGCCCGUCGGAAGCUCUGCAGCCGAUCUGCGCUCGUUCCAGGACUUGAAUAUCAGUGGGGGCUCGAAGGAGGAGGCAGUCGUAGCUACCAAGCAGACGGAUGAUAACAUACAAGAGGCUAUCCGGCUUCAUGAGGCGGGGGAGUUGGAGACGUCUACCCAAAUGUUUGGUCGCUUGGCUGACCCCACUGGGGAGAAUAAUGCGUUAAGCCAGGUGCUGUACGGUCUUGCGUUGCGGCACGGCUGGGGAUGCACUCCGAAUGCAGCUGAAGCUGUCAACUACCUCUCGGCGGCCGCAUCAAACGCGGCGUCCAUAGAGGAACUGGCGCUGAAGGCAGGUAUGAAGAAAGGAGGUGCAGCUAAAGGGGAACUGGUUCUCGCUAUCUUCGAGCUGGCCAACUGUUUUCGGCAUGGUUGGGGAGUCCAGGUCGACAAACUCGCCGCCAAACAGUACUACGAAACUGCUGCCAACCUGGGCGACACUGAUGCUAUGAACGAAGUCGGCUGGUGCUAUGUCGAGGGAUUUGGCUGCAAAAAAGACAAGCCAUUGAGAAGCACCAGCCUCGCAGUCGUCAGUGUGGCUUGGUGCGCAUUUGCACGUUGCACCAUGACUGCAUUUGGGCAGCAACGGGGCUGUCUACUCCUGUCUCUCUUCCUUCUGCGUAUCAUGUAUCAUCAUCCACCACUCAGAUCCGGUGAGGCUCACAUAUCCACGGCAGUUCGCCGCCGCCAAAUACUACAGGCUCGCGGAGCAGGGAGGCAGCAAGACCUUGGGCAAUUCUUGGUACGUCACGUCGGCUCACCUCCUCUCUCUUCUCUCCCCCACGACCGCCGACUCGUCAUGGGCAUUCUGGUUCAUUAUUUUGUUCUUGCGCAGCCAUACGGAACACAGCUCUUUUCCAGAGUCAUGGCGUGUCCUGCGUUGCCUGCAGCAACGUCUUACUUCGACCUGCAGCGCCACGGCCCGGUGGGUGCAGUGUUCGUUCCAGAUGAUAGGCCCAGCCGCCUCCUCCUCAACCCAACUAUCCCUCCAAACCCAAACCUAAACCACGUUUCCCAUACCAAGCCCGGCCACUGCUACAUCAUGUAUGAUUGUUUGGGAAUCGACUAA